AAUUUGCAUUACUGUCUUCCAGCUUCUUGCGCUGUGUGUUGCUGCUGGCUCCUGUCACUAGAUGGCACUGAGAAAACCUGCUCGGUGUUGCUUUGCACCCUCCGCUGUCCUCUUUUCCUAGCUGCUCCUCGGCAGAGGCAGAUCAGGAAGCUGGUAGGCAACACCCCCAGCCCACCCAUCCCUGGGAGAAGAGAUGGCCAGACCCAGGCCCGAGAGCAGCUGCUGGGCUGGACAUGGAUGCUGAGCAGGGCCAGGGGAAAGAAAAGGAGCCAAGGCCCAGCGAUGCAUCGUAGCACAGCCUGGAGAGAGCCCUGUGACGUAGGACCGUGAGCGCCCGGUGAAGCCCUGCGUGUUGCAGAAGGAUUGGAGGUUGUCGCUGGCUUUAUAAGGAAGAUGCAUGGGGGGGAACAAAAGAGCAGGGGGCUAAUGUGAAUGUGGGCCUGGGGCAGCCCAACCCUGUUGGUCAAAAAGCAGGCCAGUGAUGCUUUUAAAGGGACUCUUAUAGUUUGGGGAUUUUAAAGGGAAUCAGCCGGCCUUAGACCCUGUGGCAAAGGGGGAGCAAUUGGGCAGCGCCCGCAGCUGCGUGGGGGUGCAUUGGUGCUAGGGUUUGGACUCAGCAGAGUGUUGCUCGCAGCUUUGGCCUGUCCUCAGUCCUGGCUGGCUGUGCAGGGUGUUUGCCAGGGUCCGAUUAAAGCCCUGCUCUGCUUGUCCAUGUCACAGGGCACGGCCGCUUGCACUGCUGCUGGCCAGACCUUGCCCUGCCGCCUCUGGGGAUGAAAAGCCAGAGGAUGCUCAAAGCGCAGGGCGGCGGGAGCCUCGGAGACCUGAUCGGCACCAGGAGGCUGAUUGCUCUCGGGGCCGUGCUAGGCUGGUUGCUAAUUGUCCACCUCCUUGUCAACGUCUGGCUGCUUUGCAUCCUCUCGGGCUUACUGGCCGUGCUGGGGGGAUGGCUGGGGUCCCAGGCCGUCAUCGGCACCAGCAAACGCAUCCACCUGGAAAGGUUCGUGGUGCUGGAGCCCUGCCCCCAGAGCCCCGAGGCGGAGAGGCAGCUGGACGCCGAGAUCGACCGCACCAUCCAGAAGAUCAUCCGGGACUUCGUGUCCUCCUGGUACCAGACGGUGAGCAGCGAGCGCGGCUUUGAAGAGGAGCUGCGGAAGGCCAUGGCGGAGGUGGCAAAAGAGCUCAAGAGGAGGAUGGUGCUGGUGGACCGGCAAGCCCUGACCCAGAAGGUCCUCCUGCUUUGCGGCUGCCACCUGCAGAGCUACAUGAAAGCCAGGGAAACUGUGGGGGUUGCAGGGAAACCGGGGGACCCACAGCAGUGGGCAGCUGAGCUCUGGCGAGCGUACAGUGCAAGCACGCCUCCACACCCAGCUGUCCAGAGUCCUGGCAUGGAAGUGAACUACACCCGGGGCAUUGUGGACCUGUUGCUCCAGGGGCUGGUACCCAAGCCUCACCUGGAAACCAGGACCGGGCGCUUCGUGGUGGUGGAGCUGAUCACCUGCAACGUGCUCCUGCCCAUGAUCAAUAAGAUGGCUGACCCCGACUGGAUCAACCUGCUGCUGAUUGGGAUUUUCUCCAAGACGGGCAGCAAAGUGGUGAGAGCAGUGAAGGGAGAGGAGGCCCCUCCACCCUCCCCUUCCUGCCAAGCCCCGGUGCCAAGCUCCUUGCCGCUAAAGGAGCAAUUGGAAGCCACCCCAGAGGUUGCAGACCCAUCUCCAAGGGCCUCUGAGCCCCCCGGAUACAAUGAGGUGGAUGGUGUGGAGUGCAACCACCAGGAGAGGGAAGAUGGGAGAGACUCAGUGGGUGGAGAGUCCAGUUUGGACAUGGACAGAAGGAAAGCCGGCAGCACGCCUGUGCGCUCCCUCCAGCCCGACACUCUGGGCUCGCUCUUCCCCUGCGAGGACUUGGACCUCGAGUCCCCCAUGUCCGACCUGGGCAAAGACUCUGACUCUGUGGUGCUCUUGUCCACCGAGGAUUUUCUUCCUGGCGCGUUCCAAGACAGCUUUGCAGAGCUGGAGGGGCCAGAUGGCUUGGACCAAGAGGAUGCUGUGGGAGGCAAGAAUGGGUACCUGGAGGACAGCACUGUCCCCAGCUCCAAGACAUGCCUGCUCACCACCGUGCUGGGCCCUUGCCCUGACAUUCAGAUUGACCCUGUGGUAGAGAAGGAGGAGAGCCUGGCUGCUCUCACUGCACUGUUGUCUGAUCCAGAGAAGCCUUUCUCACAGCGACCUUCCUUCUUGGGGAAAGAGCUGGUGUCCUCGGAGAGCCAGGCACAGAGCCCCCUGGACCCCAGCCAGCCGCCCCCCCUGCUCUCCUCCUCCCCCACGGCUCCCCUCAACACCUUCAGCUUUGAGCCGCUCAGUAGCCCCGAUGGCCCGGUUGUCAUCCAGAACCUGCGGAUAACCGGCACCAUCACUGCCCGAGAGCACAGCGGGACGGGUUUUCAUCCCUACACGCUCUACACGGUGAAGUAUGAGACGGCCCUGGAGAGUGAGAACGCCAGCAGCCUUCAGCAGGUGGCCUACCACACCGUGAACCGGCGUUACCGGGAGUUCCUGAACCUGCAGACGAGGCUGGAGGAGAAGCCGGAUCUGCGGAAACUCCUGAAAAAUAUCAAAGGUCCAAAGAAGCUCUUUCCUGAUCUCCCAUUUGGAAACAUGGACAGUGAUAGGGUGGAGGCCCGGAAAAGUCUCCUAGAGUCAUUCUUGAAGCAACUGUGUGCUAUUCCUGAGAUCGCCAACAGUGAGGAGGUGCAGGAGUUUCUCGCCCUUAACACAGACGCGAGGAUCGCAUUUGUCAAGAAGCCCUUUGUGGUCUCCAGAAUUGACAAGAUCAUGGUCAAUGCCAUUGUGGACACCUUGAAGACCGCGUUCCCCAAGUCAGAGCCUCAAAGCCCUACGGAGGACCUCAGUGAAGCUGAAGUGGAUGGGAAAUCCCAGCCAGAUGGGAAGAAGUCGAAUAAGCCCCGGCUGAGGUUCCCAUCCAGUAAAAUUGCUCCGGUGCUGAGUGUGCCUGAGGUGAACGAGCGGGUCCUGUAUGCACUGAGGGAAGGCAGUGCUGUCUCUGACACCCUGUCUGUGGCCGGGAUGGAGUCCUUCAUUCAGAAGCAGGAGAAGCUCCUGGAGACUAUGCCCAGCAAGGCCCCUGAAAACGAGGGAGACAGAGAGACAAAGGAGCCCACUGUGCACAAUGCCUCCACAUGUGCGCCUCAGCCGCUGGAGCACCAGCAUGAUGAUGACAACCCUGGUUCUGAGACAGUCCUGGCAGACAUUGCCCUGGACCUGCUGCGCCUGCUAAUGGUGGAUCACUGGAGCUGGCUGUGCACAGAAAACAUGCAGAAGGUGGUACACCUGCUCUUCAGCACCCUGAUCCAAAGAUGGUUAGAAGUGCAGGUGGCCAACCUGACCUGCACUCAGCACUGGGUCCAGUACCUCCGGGUGCUGCAGGAGUCCAUAUGGCCAGGAGGAAUCUUACCGGUGGUGCCUAAGCCAGCCAGGACCCAGGAGCAGAAGAAGGCAGCAGCAGAACAGGCAUUGCAGAGCCUGAUGGGAAUACUGCCUGACAUAAUCCUGGAAAUCCUGGGGACAAGCAAAUGUCAACUGAGCUGGAACUUGGUACUUGAGUCUCUGCAUCAACCCAUCAUGAACAGGCACCUGGUUUUCUCCUUUUUAGAUAUCCUGCUGGAGAUUUUGAUCCUUGACAACUCCAGUGAUGAGCCCAAAACCACAGCCGUAGCUCCCUCAGUCUCUAGCCCUCUUGAGAGAGGAGGCAUUUCACCUCGCUAGCUAAGCUUGGUGUUGCCAGUAGUAAAGUGAGAAGAACCCACACGCAUCAGCUGAUUGUCAUUCCAUGUCUGCUGCACAGGUCUGGGAGUUUCUUAAUUGACUUCUCCAGCCAGUCCUAAAUGGAGCUCCUUUCAGGCUUCUCCUUGCUGGCCAGGUGACUAGGUCCAGCGUAAUGGAGUGGAGACGUCCGUGAGCAAUGCACUGUUCGUUCUAUCACAUGUAUGAUGGAGGGCAAGGAGCUCUCUGCUGGAAGGUGCUUAAUUUCUGUUGGGGUGGGCAGUCUGCUAAGCAGGCACUAUUGCUAGUUGUAAGUCCAUGCCCUGCAUGUCUGAACAGCCCUAACCUGGAAUGAUGGGCGACACAUGAAGUUUACUGCCAUGGCUGGAGGCUCUGGCAUGGACAUGCAGACACAUUGCUGCGGAGAUCUCAUUGACUCCCUCCAGAAAGUAAAGAGAAGAAAUAAAACUCUUGUUACUACUGACCAAAUCCCCCAUUUUGCUCUUCACUGGACAGAGGUGGAACCCUACUUCAGUUCUUCCUAUGAAGGAAAGUUGUCCGAGAUGGAAGAAUUCCCCAUCCCAUCUCCCAAAAGAGGUGAGAUGGCUGAAUUAACAGGAGAGAGGAGGCAGCCUGGCUAUAAAGACACCCUCCCUAAGCUGCUGUUCUCAGUGUCUUCAAGCACAUUCCAUGCUUAGUUCUUGCUUUGAUCUGCCCCCUUAGCCUGAAGAAAGGAGAUUCAGAGAGAAAUAUUCCCCUCUCCUGGAUAAUGAAGUGGAAUAUCCUACAUGGAGAUCCUGGAGAAAUGAACAUAGCCCCAAACCAUAUCCAUAAGCACCGCAGACUCUCCAAAAACCUCUCCCUGGGAGCUCAAAAGUGAUGACAAGUGCCUGGCUUGCCUUAGGGGUAAGGGAGGUUUCAUAGUCAUCACUCAAAGACCAUCUCUCACUGCCCAGUCUGGCAAGGGAAGAGGUUGCAGGGUCCUGUAAGUGUUCCUGGGUUACAGGACAGGCGAGCAAUGGCCUUUCCUGAUCUUCGCCAGCAUAUUUCUCCUUUUGAUUCAUGUUAUCUAUGGUGCUGCUCACUUGGAAGGCACAGGCCACUUUGUGCAGAAGAGGAACAGACCCAUGUAAGACAUGGGUCAGUAAAUGAGCUUCUGAGCAUAAGAUCCGUAAACUCCUUUGAGCGUUGUUGAGGAUAUUGUACAGGUUUUGCUGGUUGUGAAGGGGAAGAACAGAGCAAACGGCAUUAGGACUCCAGGGUUCUGUCUCUAGCUCUGAUCAGCUACAUGACCAAGAGUAAAUUAUUGCUCUAAAAUUGAGAGAGGCACUAUUUUCAAAGUGGUUAGAGAUCAGGUAUGCUAUAGAAAUAGCAUACGAUGGUACUGCCUAUGUAUUGCCUGGUAGAGUCUGCUGCCAAUACUCUAUAGGCUUCAGGGGGCUUGCCGCUGCCUAGCUGUUUGAAUUGAUGUCACAGCAAGUGAGCUAGUGCCAUGAGCAACAGCAAAGCCAAUUGUUCUUCCUCCAGCUCACAAACCACCUUUAAUUAGGGCAUGGGUCACAGUAUAGACAGCACAGAUUUAUUCAUCCAAGAGGCUAUUUCUGCCUGUGAAUCUCUGCAGUUUAAUGUGACUAUUGGGUGAGACCUAGCAAGAAAAAUGUCUACAGAUAAUCACAGCUGGGAGUCCCUGUUACAGGAUCUCCCACUACAUUUGUUUUCUGUAUAACAGGGAAACUGAGCUGAAAGGGAAAUGCAGUGGCAUGUCAUAGGGGGUUUGGUUGUAGUGGCAUGCCACAGCAGCCCACUACUCAAACAACUGUGUUAGAAUUGAGUGUGCAGCAUUAUUUUUGCUGUAGGAAAUUUUGAACUGGGAGACACUUUAAGACAAGCACAUGUAUCUUUGAAGGCACAAACCCUACUGAUGGGCACUGUCUCCCCUACAUAUAUCUAAUCUCGUGUGUGUAUCUCAUUGUGCAUGCCUGUGUAUCAGUCUGUCUUGCUGGUUAAAUGCUGAGAGGGAUGGGAUUAAUGCUACACAUGCUGAAAAAGUAUAAAUACUAAUGAGGGAGAGAAGUCUUGUGAGAUGGUUAACAUGAGCUCCAAAACUAAAGGGAAAUCUUGUGAGAUCAAGCAGAUUGGGGACUGGUUAUAAGAACAUGCAAUAUCAGUAGCAUCUUUUAGGGAGAAAAGUGGCCUCUUAAUUGGAAAGGGUGAAGGCCCUUUAGCUGAGUUGUUGGAGAGAGAUUUGGGUGAAGCAGGUGCUGUGGAGGACAAUCCCACAGGGGCAGAAGAAUGGGAUUGGAAGGUGAUAGUUGAUAAGCCCUUUCUGCUUCUAGUUUCUCCUCUUGGUCAUUGGGUACAGGGCUAACCUUCACUAUCCCACUCUCCCUUCCUCCUCACUCCUAAGCCAGGAGGUUUUGCUUCUCUUGCCCAUAAGUUUGUUUUGCAGCCUGUCCUGACCGUUCUUGCCUGAGUGGAGUGAACAAGAGGCCCAUCAGCCAAGGCACAAUGCAAAAGUGCUGGGCUUGGUGCUCCUUAGUCUAAUGCCUCCCCUGUUUUUUUCUGGUCUGCUUCUUUGAGCUCAUUUCCAUCACUGUGACUUCUGUUUUUGAAUAUUCAGUCAUAACCCAACACAUGCCAGAGAAAACACUGUAAAAAGGCUGUUUGAAGGGAAGGUUGGGCUAGGCACUAACUGCAAAGCAGGCCUGCUACUCUACACAUGGAAGAGCAUCUAAUACUUGCCCUCCUCAAAGCCACCAGAAAUAGAAUUGGAAAGCAGAGGGUGUGAGCCGGGGCUUCCCGUCUGGCAGCAGGGGGAGGGGAGGGAGGGGUUCAACUUCUAACAUCCCUGUCUUGAGCUGUGGCACAACCUGAGUGAAUUCAUUUUCAUUCCUCCUGAUAGAAAUAGCAAGAGAUUUCCUUUGGUGAACUGUGAUGUGCAUAGCCGAAGAGUGUCAGCUACUCGCUGCUGUAUUGCAUUGCUGCUUUGUCUUUACACUGUGCUUAUGCCUUUCAUCCAGGGAUCUCAAAACACUUUGCAGACUUGAAUUCAGCUCUGGACCGCGCCUGCCUGGUAACGUGAUAGUGUUAUCUCUACGUUUGCUUGGGAAGGAGCUCAAGCAGAGAGAUGUGCUUUGCUUGCAUUCACUUUGUGAUUUUGUGGUAGUCAGGAAUAGCCUUCAGGAGCCCUGAACCCAGGGCCUCAGGUUUCACAAUUAGACAUAACCCCCUUUCGCUGAGAGAGACAAUGCAAAACGCAGUUUCCAUCCCAUUCCUCUACUUUUAACUGUUAGAUUCAAUCCUUCAACCCCCUGUUUCUCUCCUUCAGAAGACCAACGAUACC